GUUACAAGUCGCGCACAGCAAACACACUACGUUUUCCUAUAUCUGAAGAUAUCGGCUCUGGUUUUAUCCUUCGGCGAAGAAAUACGUCAAAUUGAGCUACAAGAAACCCAUCGAUCUCCUGAGUGAAUAUACCGUCAGUACCUCACCUUACCUCGCUUCACCUUACUUCGCUUUACCUCACUAUUCCGGCCUCGAGAUCGUUUCACAUCGUUUGUAAUACAGAAGUAUACUAUGGAUGAGCUUGUGAAGUUUCUUUCAAGAGCACAGUGGCGAGAAAGAGGCCAACACACCUCUAUCUGCGAUGAUGGCAAAAACCUCGAACCAUUAUUAGUCAAAUGCAUUUCGGAAAUACCUCUUUCAUUGGAGGGCUUCGGUCUGCAGGUUUGGAAGACAACAGGAAAUACAAGGAUUUUGGAAAAAGAGGCCUAUAUUAUACCAGUGUCCAUAAUUGAAGGCACACCUCGAAUCAUUGACGGCCCCUCGCUCAUUCCAGGAUCAGAUCCCAUUCGCUUUAAAGACAAGGCUAUUAUAUCCGGCUCUCUUUACUACAUUCUCGCAAAGCCUCCCAGUACGACAGCCCCCGAAGAGUAGCACGGAAAUUUGAUGGAAUACGGCAGCGUCAGUGUCAUGCAAAAAUGGACGAA